AUGUCCUUGGAGGAAUCAUUCGCUCAAUUGUGCGUGGAAGAAAGUGUGGAAAAAACGGGGGUCAAAACGCUUGUUUUUAAGCCCAAAACGGCCAAAAUUGCAGUUCCGGUCCCUGUCGUUGUUGUGGCAUUGCAGUCGACCACGACUCCAUCACCUGUCAUUGCAAACGCUGCUGGUGUUAAGGAGCCAAGAUUGGCUCGUGAUGAUCUCGUUCAGCAACAUUUCCAAUGCGAGUCGGCCAAGGAGUUUCACGUUGGAUACCUGUCAAAGGCGACAUCUGAGUUUAAGUUGCUAGUUGAUGAGCAAGUGCUGCAAACGGCCGAUUCGACCGUCUUGCAGCUUGCUGAAGGCGUUUUCAUUACUCGCGGGAAACUGACUUCUUAUUUGCAAGCGUUUGGACCAGAAACUGUUGACUUUUCACAAGAAGUUGCCAAGAAGGAGUCCAAGCCAGCUGCCAAAUCGGCGGUGGCUAAAUCGGGCUCCAUCGAAGAUGCCAAACUCAUUGGGAUCACCGUGGACAAAUCUUUGGAUUUCUCCGGGUGGUACCAACAAAUUUUGACUAAAGGUGAAAUGCUCGACUACUACGACGUCUCCGGUUGCUACAUUUUGAGACCUCCUUCUUAUGCCAUUUGGGAAGCUAUUCAAAGAUGGUUCGACGACAAGAUCAAGGCCCUUGGCGUCCAAAAUGCAUAUUUCCCCAUGUUCGUCUCGUCGCGCGUGCUCGAGAAGGAGAAGGAUCACAUCGAAGGUUUCGCACCCGAAGUCGCAUGGGUCACCAGAGCCGGUUCCUCGGAGCUUGAAGAACCCAUCGCCAUUAGACCCACUUCCGAGACUGUCAUGUACCCAUACUAUGCGAAAUGGAUCCAAUCUUAUAGAGACUUGCCAAUUAAACUGAACCAAUGGAACUCGGUGGUCAGAUGGGAAUUUAAGCAUCCUCAACCAUUCUUAAGAACAAGAGAAUUUUUGUGGCAAGAAGGCCACACAGCUCAUUUGACUGAGGCUGACGCCAAAGAAGAAGUGCUUCAAAUCUUGGAUUACUACGCUGGCGUUUACGAAGAACUUUUGGCCGUUCCCGUCGUCAAGGGUAAAAAGACCGAAAAGGAAAAAUUCGCGGGUGGUGAAUUCACCACGACUGUCGAAGGUUACAUUCCUCAAACGGGACGUGGUAUUCAAGGUGGUACUUCUCACUUUUUGGGUCAAAAUUUCUCUAAAAUGUUCAACAUCAGUGUCGAAAAUCCAUUGGGUCCCGAGCAUCCAAAAGUGUUUGCUUAUCAAAACUCUUGGGGUUUGAGUACUCGUGUCAUUGGUGUCAUGGUUAUGAUCCAUUCUGACAACAAAGGUUUAGUCAUCCCACCAAGAGUCUCGCAAUACCAAUGUGUUGUCUUGCCAGUCGGUAUCACCGCCAAGACCGGCGAUGAAGAAAGAGCUUCAAUUCAUCAAUCUGCCAAAAUUAUAGAAACGAAAUUGCGUGCCGCUAGCAUUAGGGUCUUUGGUGACUAUAACGACAAUUACACACCUGGCUGGAAAUUCGCGCAAUAUGAAUUGAAGGGUAUCCCAUUGCGUGUUGAGUUCGGUCCUAAGGACCAAAAACAAGAACAAGUCACCAUUGUUCGUAGAAACGAUGGUCGUAAGUACACUGUCAAGAUUGCAGAACUGGAAGCUCGCGUGCCACAGAUUUUGGAAGAAAUGCAAGCUGAUUUGUACAAUAGGGCCAAGGAACUGUUUGAUACUCACAGAGUUAUUGUUGAGGACUGGAAAGAUUUCGUUCCAGCUUUGAACCGUGGUAAUGUGAUCUUGGCCCCAUGGUGUGGUGUCACUGAGUGUGAAGAAGAUAUUAAGGAUUCUUCUGCUAAGAAAGAUGACGGUGAAGAAUUCGAAGCCGACGAAAAAUCCCCCAGCAUGGGCGCCAAGAGUUUGUGCAUUCCUUUCAAACAACCAAAACUCAAACCAGGCCAAGGUUGCAUCAAGUGUUCCAGACGUGCUAUCAACUAUUGUAUGUUUGGUCGCUCCUAUUAG